UAGUUGCAGAACCGGAAGUGACACGGUCUGCGGAACAGCUGAGAGCAAUAUCAACAACAAAACAGCGAGAGACAGAAGGAGAGUGGAAGAACAGAGAAAAAACAGGGAUAAACGGAGGCGAAGAGAGGACAGGAGAGAAGACUUAGAGAGAGAAAGAGAGAGAGAAAAAGAAAGAGAGAGCGGGGGAGGAAUCUGAUCAGCUGGAGGGAGACUUCAGCUUUAAACCCGCGGAGACAAACAAACAACACGGAGUGCAAUGGGCCGCAUCUUCCUCGACCACAUUGGAGGCACCCGUCUCUUCUCCUGUGCCAACUGUGACACCAUCCUGACCAACCGCUCUGAACUCAUCUCCACACGCUUCACUGGAGCGACAGGCCGUGCUUUCCUCUUCAACAAGGUGGUGAACCUGCAGUACAGUGAAGUCCAGGACCGGGUGAUGCUGACUGGCAGACACAUGGUGCGGGAUGUCAGCUGCAAGAACUGCAAUAGCAAGCUGGGCUGGAUCUAUGAGUUUGCCACAGAGGACAGCCAGCGUUAUAAGGAGGGGCGAGUGAUUCUGGAGAGGGCACUGGUGAGAGAGAGCGAAGGCUUUGAGGAACAUGUGCCAUCAGACGCUUCCUGAGGAUUUAUCCAGUCUACAGACAGCUCAUUUCUAUUACCACCGUGUCUGUCACCAAUAUCUGAUCAAUGCAUCUGCUUCUCAUUGCAGGCUCAGCCUGGCGUAGAGUCUGAAAAAAUAAACCACAAUCAAACCAGCAGCCCCUCUAUGGCUUGGUAGAUGCCACUGUUAGGCACUGUAUGUUGGCAUUCCCUUGAAAUCUAUUCCUGUAGGUGGACCUUGGCCAACCCAUACCAGCUUCAAUACAUAGAGGUUAUUAUAUACACAUUUUUGAACUGAAGGAUGCAUUUGAUAGUUCAGAAGAGCAUGAUGGUAAAUUUGCACCCAGGCUGAUGAACAGGUCAUCAGUUUGUUGUCCAAUCCAGCCCCAUAAGAAAUGAGACUUGAGAUUUGGGUGAAGAUUUGGACAUGAAUACGAAAAUACCAUUUAAUUGAUAUUAUAUUGAGUUUGGUAUCCUUUUAUUUAGCAUUAUUCUUUCUCUUGGAUUUCUUGUUUUUAUUUGAGUGACUUUGAGUGAGUAUUUUUCCCUCUUUCUUCGUGGUAAAGCAUAAAAUGCACUCCUAUGUUUAUUUGAUCUUAAUAAAGUUAAUGGUCUUGCUUGA